AACAUCCCGGAUCUUUUGAUGAAAAAAAGUGAAGUAGCCAAGGAUUGCUUUCAUUCUUGACGCUUUUACUGUGGGAGCGAGACGUGUCAAUUUUCUGGGUCCAAACAGAGGCAGUUUUAACCCGUAUUAUAUACUAUCACAUCCGCCUUACAGACACUGAGAGGAGGUACAGCUAAACAUUAUUCUUAGCAAGACAGUGUGUUCUACGUUUGAAGAUUAAUUUCAUCAUGCCGAAGGUGAAGCGAGUCGCCGUGAUCGGAGGAGGAGUCAGCGGGCUUCUCUCGCUCAAGUCAUGCCUGGAGUGCGGCCUGGAACCGGUCUGCUUCGAACGGGGUGACAAAGCAGGAGGCGUAUGGGCGACUCCAGAAAUGGACAGUUUUGAUGAUUACAACGGAGGUUCAAUCUACAAAUGUCUCAUCACAAACUCCAGCAAAGAAAUGAUGGCCAUAAGCGAUUUCCCUUUCCCCAAGGAGUUUCCUCCGUACCUCACCCCAAAACAUCUCAUUACCUACUACCGAGACUUCAUCAAACACAAUGGCCUUGAGAAGCGCAUCCGACUCGCUACGGAAGUAGUGGAAGUGACACCGAGCGAAGACCACGAGGCUACGGGGCGAUGGGUGGUCACCUCACGGCCGAGGGAUCAAAACGAGGGGGUCGGUGUCACCGUAGAGGUUUUCGAUGCCGUGAUUGUCAGCACCGGGCUCUACAACGAGGCUUUCAUCCCUCGGUAUCCAGGCAUGGAUGAAUUUAAGGGGAAGAUUGUGCAUAGUUGUAAAUUCAAGAGCGGUGAACAGUUUGCUGGCAAAACAGUCUUGGUUGUAGGGUCCUCACAUUCUGCAGGGGAUGUGGCUGUAGACACGAGCCGCCAUGCCAGUCAGGUGUAUCUGAGUAUGCGAGACGGCUCGUGGGUCGUCGGGAGAUUCGGCCCCAAGGGUGUCCCAACAGACUCCUUUGUCAACCGUCGCUGGCGUGGCAUGGUCCCCGAGGCCGUCACCCGCAAGAUUGCCAAGUCUAUCAUCGAGGACCGUUUCGACAUCGACAACCUCGGCAUGAGGUGCAAGAGAGAGCUGUUCAACGGUUACCUGAUGGUGAAUGACGAGAUACACUGCCGUAUCGUGUGCGGUGCGAUCAAGUGCAAGCCGGGGAUUGAGCGGUUCACGCCCGGGGGAGUCGUGUUCGAGGACGGCACCAGGGUCGAGGGGUUGGACGCCGUGGUCUUCGCGACCGGGUACGAUUUCAAGUUCCCGUUCUUUAAGGAAAAGAUCAUUGGUGAGAGCGUCGAAGAUUCGGAGUUGUACAUGCACGUUUGGCCCGCCCGUCGUACGCACCCAACGCUUGCAGCAGUCGGGUACCUGGCAACAUCCGGAGCACAGAGCCCGGUAUUUGAGCUACAGUCCCGUUGGGCUGCUCAGGUCUUCCUCGGUAACGUCCAGUUACCAGACGUCGAAGAACGACUCACUGAUGUCAAGAGAAGGAAAGAUAUGUUUUUUGAGAAAUUUGGAAGGCAUCGCAUAUUUUAUACACCUGUUCCAUACUCGGACGAAAUCGCAGAGAAGAUCGGAGCCAAGCCCAACUUCACCAAACUCCUCCUGACGGACCCCAAACUAGCGCUCCGUUGCUUCUUCGGGCCAGCCUACCCACCCAACUACCGACUGAACGGACCCUAUCCCUGGAAGGGGGCCCGAGAGGCCAUCAUGAACGGCUGGGAGAAUACCACGUACCCGACUAAAACCAGGACAGUGGCCAAGCCCUCAAAGAGCAGUGCACUGACCCUGUUCGGUGGUGCUGGCCGAUUGAUGGGAGUCAUUUUCGCAGUUGUGUUGCUGAGUUUGCUCUUAGUUAUUGUUUAAAGACACUUGGGUGGAUUUCAUAAAGAGCUGAGAUUGAUCUUAGAACUGCAAAUAGAGCAUAGUUUCUAAAAAAAAUGUGACGUCACUAUACACACUACAGACAACUCAUCCGAUGAAUCUUAGUGCUUUGUGAAAUCGAGCCCUGGACACGAUUUGUGAUGUCAAAAUACCAGUAUUCUCACUUGGU